GAACACACUCUACAGAAUCCCAACUCCUCCCAGUACAAGAGGCUAAUGGAGAAACUCUUCUCUCAAGAGAACUCAAAACUUUUUGAAAUGUCUUUCUUCUCCGAGCAUUCAAGCCUUGACCUGGAUAAGGUCAAUAAAUCCUCCUUCAGUCCUACAUAUUUCCUAUUACAGCAGUUUGUGUGGAAUGUGACUGAAUCAGUAUUCAAUAAACACUGUGGUUUGUGUGUUAAUGUUCCUUUUCUUGAGCCAAUGACUGAGUCCUUGGUUGGACUGGAGGGAACAGUCCAGCUGCUGGAAUCAACAGGAAAAAUAAUAACAUUACCACAGCAUCACUGGUUGUCAUUUUCUCGUUAUGUUUUGCAACACGAUAUCACUUACCUCAAGAGAUAUGAAUUAUUCAAAGGUUAUCAGUUGUCACGGCUACCAGGGACACACCCAAAGGAAAGACGUCAAUUUAUAUUUGACAUUGUGUCCCCACCCACUGCCACACCUACUAUUACGCCCACUCACUCAGCAAGAAGUAAUAAGUUAAUUUAUGAAUGCGAAUUGAUAUCCAUUGUAACAGAAAUACUGUCAGAUUUACAAAUUAAUCAAGUGUAUAUUAGAAUCAACCACACCUCACUCAUUAAUAAAAUAUUAAACUAUUGUUCAGUUCCUCAGGAGCAGCAGCUAAUUAUUAUUAAUUAUCUUUUUAAAUUAUCCAGACACGCUGACAUUGAAUGGGAUUUUAAGACUAAACUGAAUCUCCAGCUGUCCCCAUUAGCAGUGAGUUUAUGCAGUGUAGCUAGAAAAAAUGGUGGAGUAAAAUUUUGGUGAAU